UUGCCAGCACGCUUUCUGGAGGCGGAGUGAUCUGCUGGUCAGUACAGCGGUCCGCUGUUUGCCAGCACGCUUUCUGGAGGCGGAGUGAUCUGCUGGUCAGUACAGCGGUCCGCUGUUUGCCAGCACGCUUUCUGGAGGCGGAGUGAUCUGCUGGUCAGUACAGCGGUCCGCUGUUUGCCAGCACGCUUUCUGGAGGCGGAGUGAUCUGCUGGUCAGUACAGCGGUCCUGAAGGCGAAUCCGUUCCGGAGUCCUCGGCCAUCGGGGACCUCUGAAGAAACCGAUUUCUGUUUUCAAAGGUGGUGCAGCAGAGGCACAUCUAAAACUUGCAGGGCGCUUGCCCUCCAGGACUGGAGUUUGAGACCCCCGAUCUAAUGCAUAACCUCAUUCAUCAGAAACAGUAAAACUGCUGGAUGGAGGAAUUCAAGGAUGAAGACAUCAAAACUACAGUCGCUGUCACCAAUGACCAACUUCCUGUUCAAAGUGAAGAAGAAGAAGCAGAAAAGGAACAAACAGCAUUCACUAGGUCUCGUCUGUAUUUGGUGGGUUUUGGGGUUUUAUGUACCCUGGUAGCUGGAGCAGCUAUCUACAUGGGUGUAAAGACGACUGCGCAACAGGACAGUAUCAAUGACCUUACAACAGACGCACAGAACGUGAUGGAGAGAAGGAUGACGUUGAUGGAAGACAUCAACUAUCUGAUAAGAGAGAAAGACACAAGGUGUGAGUUGUGUCCACUUGACUGGAUUCUCUACAAGGACAAAUGCUACCUGUUUUACGACAAACCAGCUCCUUGGAAGACCUGGGAAGAAAGUCGAAGGUUCUGUAAGAAAAGACGAGCAGAUUUGGUUAUUAUUGAUGAUUUGCAGGAGCAGGAAUUUGUCAACAAACACAUCAAAUACUACUAUGAUCCUUCUCAUGGAUACUGGAUAGGACUACAACAUGUUAACAACACCUGGACCUGGGUUGAUGGACGUGUAAACACUCUUGGGUUCUGGGCGAAGAAUUGGAUCUCUACUCCUGGACCGCAUGCAAUCGUGAUUCCAGAACGAAAUCCCAAAGAAUGCUGGUCAAAAGAAGAGAAUGUGUUUGAGAACAAAUUCAUUUGUGAGCGUGACAUUCGCAAAUUUUAAUGUAACUGACUGUUCUCUUAAAGUUUCAUGCAGGAAUGCUCAACUGUGUCAUGAAUGUGUUUAUACAAUGAAUUUCAUCAUGACUUUAA